AAAGUAAACUACAUGUAAAGUUACAAUGAAACUCCCACCCUUUUUAACUUUUCUUUUAAAAGCAUUACUUUGAGUGAUCUUGCAGUGAAGAAGAUCGGCAACAGCUUUCGUUUUCCAAAUUCAAACAUUAAAGGGCUUGAUGGAGAAGGUGAAAAGUUUGGGAUAUUAAAAAAAUUCGAGCUAGAGAAAGAUUUGCUGUAUCGUGGCAUGAAUUCUAAUCCUAAUUAUAUACCGACUUUACAGCAUACUUCUCUUGGGUUUAGGAUUGGUUUGGCCUCACAGUGAAAACCUUGCGGGAUUUAACAACGCUCGAUCGAAUUGCGAUUAAGAUAUAUUUCCUGGCAUGGAAUCAUCUAAUUAGCCGAACCGAGUAUAAAUAGUCAUCGAACCCUAAACGGCAAACCAGCUGCCUCUCUCCUUCCUUCACUCUCCCGCGCAGCCGCCGCCCAAGAUUGGCCUUGGUCCUUCACCAUCGCGAGAAGAAACAGUCACCCACGAACCACCUUUCUCUCAACUUCCUGCCUCUCUCUUCUCUCAUCCAACCAGUUUCGGGUUCUGUGAGAUCUCUUGGAAAAUCACCAAUUUUAUUCUCUUUUGUAUUUAACUUUCUCUCUCUCUUCCCAAGGAAGGGAGGAAGAGGAGUGGAAGGGAGAAGAUGGAGGAGAGUAAGGGUCCGAAGAAGGUGAUGUCGGCAUGUGAUGUGGAGGCGUUGAAGAAAUGUUUGGAAGAAAAUAAAGGGGAUUACGUCAAGUGUCAGUCCCAGAUUGAGGCCUUCAAGUCUUCCUGUUCUCUCAACAAGCAUCCUCCUUCUACUACCUCUAUGGAAUCCCAAACAAAGACGGCUUAAUGAACUCAGUUAUUUCUGGUUUGGGAGAGGUUUCUUCUUAGAUUUUGACGGUGACCCACUUUCUCCAAUUUAUUUUAACGUAUUGGGCAUAUGUUCUUCAAUUUUUUGUAUUAGUUUGCCUAAUGAAAUUGGUUUUAUUUUAUGAUACUAAUUAGAUAUGUUCUCAUGUUGAAUCCUUUAUUUGUUCAAAUAACACUAUCUGAAUUCCCAUUUGGUAGGGCUCACGCAGUACAAGAACUCCUAGAUCGUAUAAACUGAAUUCGGUUGAUUUGUGAGGUAGUUCAUUGUUAUAGGGAGUUCUUUUUACUGGUGUUCAUGGCGAGGCUUUCAUCAGUCAACUUUGGGUGGAACUUGAUGGUUAAUUUUCAGCGUUUCACAUGCUAAUCCCAAGCCUCCCUAAUGAUAUUGCUACCGAAUGCUUGAUACGCUUGCCAUUUCAACACUUUCCUGCAGCGACGUUGGCAUGCGAAGACUGGAAACUUGAGAUUGAGUCACCAGAGUUUUUUCAAAGUCGAAAGGUUGCUGGUUAUAGCCAACCCACCAUUGUUAUGACAGUAGCAAGGGUUGGUGAAGAAACAGGAGGUGGCAGUCAGAAAAAUCCAAGAAGCCCAACAAUUUAUAGGCUUGCAUUUUGUGACCUUAAAACGGGAACAUGGGGUGAGUUGCAGCCAAUUCCAGAAUUCUCAAAAGGUCUGCCGAUGUUUUGCCAAUUGGCCGUGGCUGGUUUAAAUCUGGUGGUGAUUGGCGGGUGGGAUCCAGAAACUUGCAGGGUAUCCAACGCCGUGUUUAUAUACAGUUUCGUGUCAGCCACGUGGCGUCGUGGGGCUGACAUGCCUGGUGUUAAGAGGUCACUUUUUGGUUGUGCAGCGGAUAUUAAUGGCGACAAGGUGUAUGUUGCGGGGGGGCAUGACGAGGAAAAGAAUGCAUUAACUUCUGUUUUGGGAUAUGAUGUGGCAAAGGAUGAUUGGAUUAAAUUGCCCAACAUGGCGAGGGAGCGUGACGAGUGCAAUGCCGUGUUCCAUUCUGGCAAAAUCCAUGUCUUUGGCGGGUACUCCACGGAAGCACAAGGUGUUUUCGAUGCAAGUUCUGAGGCCUUUGAUCUUGACGAGUGGCGGUGGGUUCAAAUGCAAGAGAACUUUUUAGGAACAAACAUGAGUGCAAGAACCUGUGUGGCUGAUAGUAAUGGAAGGUUUUGCAUAUGUCAAGGUAGUGAGGUGAUGGUUGCAGACGAGGAUGCCGACUGGCGGAGAGUUGCUGAGUUGCCGAUUGAUAUGGGCGGCGUCCCUGCUUGUGUGAUGAUGGGCCAGAAUAAAUUACUUGUGAUUGGGUCUGCAAAAUCUGAUGAUCCCCAUAUGUUCUACGAGUUGGAUUUGGAGAGAUGCAUAUGGACCAAGCUGGAGGCUCCAAAACAGCACUCGGGCCAUGUUCAAUCAAUUUGUUUUCUGGAGAUCUAAGUUUUACCAGUAUUUGGGCACUAAAUCUUAACUCAAGGAAGAGAUUAACUAAAUAUCAUCUGUUAUCAUUAUCAUUUUUCUUAUAAAUCUAUGUAUUAUCAUUUCGUUUGUUGAAUGGUAUUAAGAUCAAGUGUUUUCAUGCAUGCUUUUUACCCUAACAUCAGCUAUGGUUCGAGAGUGUUUCGACAAGUGGGUCAAACAGACACAGACUUAGAAUUUCUUUUCGCAAGCAAAUGUCAACGAAAUUACUCAGGAUCCAUAUUUCUCAUGACCAGAGAAUUCAAACAUUCAUUGUUUGCAGCCCUUAAAACCCUCACC